CAGUUCACACCCGAGCUUCAACUCUCGCGGCCCGGUACCGGUCCAGUGCCCGGGGGCCGCUGAUUUAAAGCGAACAUCCGCUGUAUUACGAAUAUAUAACAGAUUCUUGUUCCAGGCAAAAGCUUUUAUGUAUUUGUCGUUAAUUUAAUAAUUUUGCGAGAAUCUAUUUGUAAUGAACUGUGGAGCUGUUGUUUGACACGAGCCCACACCGCACGUCCCUGAAUGACUACUCCGGUGAAGGCCCAACGGUCAUACAAACAGAUUUAAAGCGAACCGCUCGCUGUGAUGGGACUUCUUCAACCGGAAGUGUCCCAAUUUGUUCACGUACUGCGUGUCGCCAUUUUCAAAACAGUUGAGCUUUAUUGCGCACGGCAGAAUUGUUCAGCAGAGAAGUUUAAAUAAAGACUCGGAUUGAAUAAUUCAAGCUGUGGUUGGUGCAGUCGCCCUGAAACCAACAUGAUGGAGUUACCCAACUACAGCAGCCAGCUGAUGCAGCAGCUGUGGGCCUUGAGGAAGGAGGAGCACUUCUGCGACUGCACCAUCUUGGUGGGAGAGGGUCGUCAUCGCGCACAUAAACUGGUGCUGGCUGCCUCCAGCAUGCUUUUCAGGUCUCUCCUGGAUGGCUCCGACACCAUCUCCAUCGACACAGCUGUGGUUUCCUCGCAGGAGUUUGGCUGCCUCCUGGACAUGGUCUACACUGGUAAACUGCCUCCAGGUAAACACAACGUCAGUCGCAUAGUCGCCGCUGCAGACAGCCUGCAGAUGUAUGACGUGGCCGUUGGCUUUAAGCAAGUCCUCACCAGCCUGGUGAACCAGAAGCCCCCGGUAUCAGUGAGCUCCGCUGUGCCACACCUCACCGUGACCGACAAAGCCCCGAAUAUGAAGCCUGAAGGCUCAGCCUCGCCCAGCAAGCACAACCCGUCUUCAGACGAGGCGGAGGUGACGGACGAGCUGAAAAAAGAAUCGUUUGAGCAUGACCGCGAUGACGAGCCGGCGAUUAAAAGGGCCCGCGUGGAGCUCCCUGACACAUCAGGGCCCGAAGACAUCAAAUCCUCAGAAGGUGGCGACACGUCGGCAGCCAGGCUGUCCAGCGAGUCUGGUCUCCUCGCCAACACGUCGUCUGUUGUGGAACUGCUGAGCCAAGCAGCAGAGAGCCUGACAGAAAGAGAGCGACAGGUUGUGUGUCGGUGCUGUGAGGAGGCUGAUCCCAGCUCCGUGUCGGAGAAGCUGAUGAGUAAAGUGAAAGAGGGUCAGAUCGGAGAGGAGGGGCUUAUCAAGCUGCUGCGCACCGCCAAGCAGAAAGCUUCAUCGUCCUGUCCCACACAGCUGCUCCCUCUGCUGGAGGAGCUGGAGAGGAGCGUACGGCAGCCCGAUGACAGCCACACUGGAGCUGACUCAGAGCAGGAGAACAGGAGUGAAGAUCGUGUCCAGGAAGAAGAUGAAAACGGUGACGAGGCGGAGAACAAGGAGGAGCAGGAAGAUGCAGCUGUAGCAACCGAGUGUUCCCCUCCCUGCUCCUCUCCUGCUUCCUGUCACGCCAAACCUUACUGCUGUCACUGGUGUAAGAAGAGCUUUGAUUACAAGUGUCGAAUGCUAGCACACAUGAAGCGCUGCUCCAUGUCCCAGGAGUGUGAGCAGCAGUGUCCCGAGUGUCCUGAGAAGCUGUCUAAGCGGGCCCUGCAGCGCCACCGGGCCGAGGCUCACCGCAGCGCCACGCGGGUCAAGAAGAAGGCGGCCUGUGACCUCUGCGGCCGCACCUUCGCCCACCCGUCGGGUAUGAUUUACCACAAGCGCACUGAGCACUUUGAAGAGAAGCCGUUUGCUUGUGAUGAAUGCGGCGCGAAGUUUGGUGCAAACUCAUCUCUGAAGAAUCACAUGAGGCUGCACACAGGGGAGAAACCCUACCACUGCAAGCACUGUGACAUGAGCUUCAGCGUGGCUGCUGCACUUGCAUACCACACCAAAAAGAGACACUCUGAGGGGAAGAUGUAUGUGUGCCAGUACUGCAAGGCUGUCUUCGCCCAGUCCAUAGAGCUGACGCGUCACGUGCGGACGCACACGGGAGACCGGCCCUACGUAUGCCGAGAGUGUGGCAAAGGCUACAGCCAGGCCAGCGGGCUCACUGUGCACCUGCACACCUUCCACCACCUGUCGGAGCCCCACGACUGUCAGAAGUGCUGUCUCAGCUUCUCGUCGCUGGACGAGCAUCGGCAGCACAUCCAGGAGUUUCACCCCAAGGAGUUCCACAAGUGUCCCACCUGCAGUAAGCUGUUUACCAGCGCCGCCCUCCUGGACAAACACAAGCCCACGCACACUGGGACAAAACCCUUCAGCUGUGAUCUCUGCAACAAGUCAUACCAGCAACUGUCAGGACUGUGGUACCACAACAGGACUAACCACCCUGAUGUGUUUGCCAACCACACCCGGCAGCUCAAGAACCUGGUCCAGUGCGAUGUCUGCUUCAAGUUCUUCCCUAGUUCUGUCAGUCUGGCCAAACACCAGGCUGCUGAGCACCAAGGCUCUGUGGCUGUGCUGGGUGGAGAUGAGGACACGCAGGAGAACAUCUGCACGCAGCAUAUCAGCAGCGAGGCAUUCAGGUGCUCCCGCUGCUCCACGCUCUGCUCCUCUCAGCUUAAGCUGCAGGAGCACCUGCUCUCCUGCCAUGUGGAGACACGGCAGGAGCAGGAGAGCCGGGAGGAAGAGCAGGCCUCCACCUCCGACACGGUGAUACCAGCCAAUCCAACAGGGAGCAGACAGGAAGGGGCGGAGUCUGAGGAGCCAAGGCAGCAGGGGGUUGGUCAGCAGGUGUUUCUAGCUCUGGCAGAUGGGCGAGAGGUGAAAUCAUCAGCAGAGCUGGUGGAGGUGAACAUGUACGACCUUCUGAACAACUCUGUGGCGGUCAUCUGCGAGGACAAACCAGCAGCGCCACAAACACGCCUGCAGAAAACAUCAGCAACACUGGCUGCUGCGCUCGUCUGUCCCACAGUCCCAGCUGAUGACAGCCCGACGUUUUCAGUCUGCUCAUGAUUCACGGACACGGUGUAAGCAUAGGUUUGUGUUGCUCUAAAGACAUGACAGCAGUGCUGCUCUGUGGCUCUCAGCACUCAGAUCUCUGCAUGUACAGGUCUGCAUUGUCCCUUAAGCAGUGGGAGCAUUUGUUAGACUCCAGGCGUGGGACUAAAUCACCAAACCGUGAAAGUUUAUGGUCACUGUGGACUGGUACCUGUGAACGCUAAUAAACACGAAAUACCUGACGCUGCUCUGUGGAAUGGUUCCUGCUGUUGUACGAAUAAAACGACUGCAUUUAAGAUUUCUCACAUCAAAUAGUUCACACCUGUUUAUCCUGUUCAGCGGUCAGUAUUAGCUCACAAACGAUCGUUAACUGCAAAUAAAGAGAGAUGUGGCUUUAUUACA